GUCAUGUAAGGUAUGCUAAUGAAUUGAGAGUGAUGUCAUACUAGGUAUAUAACCCUGUGACAGAAUUGUGGUCAGCAAACCUCAGAGAGCUAGCAGAUCUAACUUUUUGGGGAAGCAAAAGAAGAGGGUGCCAUACCCAACUCCUAUUCUCCAUUUCUGGGGAUAAUAACCGCCGCACUGGAAAACAUGUUAUUUUGGUACAACCAGCCCGAGCCCUAUCGUCAUUCCACUGCAAGUUAUAUUCGAGAUGCUUUGACGCCUUUCCUGAAACAUGAGGAGGAGCGGCUCGCAACAGAGAACUGUGCCAAACUGUCUCCUUUCCAGUAUGUUCUCUGUGCAGCCACCUCACCUGCUGUAAAACGUCAAGAAGAAACUCUGACAUAUCUGAAUCAAGGUCAGUCCUACGAAAUCCGUAUGCUUAACAGAAAACUAGUGGAGUAUACAGAUAUAAGCAGCAAAUGUGUUAAGAGCAUUGUACGAGUGGUGUUUCAUGACCGACGCCUGCAGUACACAGAGCAUCAGCAGUUAGAGGGAUGGAAGUGGAACAGGCCCGGGGACAGGAUCCUGGAUAUCGACAUCCCCCUCUCUGUGGGUGUCGUUGAGCCUCGUGCUAAUCCGAUGCAGCUCAACACUAUAGAGUUCCUCUGGGAUCCUGUCAAGAAUGCCUCUGUUUGCAUCCAGGUCAACUGUAUCAGCACUGAGUUCACUCCUAGAAAGCACGGUGGUGAGAAGGGAGUGCCCUUCCGUAUCCAGAUAGACACCUUCACCCAGGACCAACACGGAGAAUACCUGGAGCAUGUCCACUCCUCUAGCUGUCAGGUCAAGGUCUUUAAGCCAAAAGGAGCUGAUCGCAAACUGAAAACUGAUAGGGAAAAGAUUGACAAAAAGUCCCAUCAAGACAGGGAGAAAUACCAACCCUCUCAUGAAACAACCAUGCUUACAGAGUGUUCCCCCUGGCCUGAUGCGCCAAAUCUCAGUAGCACUAACAGCUCUCUUUCCCCCGUCUGUCACACCUCCCCGAAGUCCUGUAGCUUCAAUGAUGGCAACAGCUCUCCAAUCCAGCAGGGGGAGCUGAUUCUGUCCGGCUGUUCUUCUGAUCACCUUGUGUCAUCGUCCUCACCACAGGACACUCUGCAGUGGCUUCAGCGUCACAGGUUCUCGCCUUUCUGUAGGCUCUUCUCCAGCUUCACAGACCAGUUUGUAAGUGACUGUGGAUCUUGUGCGAAUGUUGUAGGUGCUGAUCUGUUGAAAAUGAGCAGAGAGGACCUGAUUCAAAUCUGUGGUCCAGCAGAUGGUAUCCGACUGUUCAACACCAUCAAAGGAAGAUGUAUCCAACCUCGCCUUACCAUCUAUGUGUGUCAGCAACAUGCCAGGAACCAACCAAAAACCAAACCAAGCGGAGAAGUAUACCAUGCUCUAUAUCUGGAGGACCUGACAGUGGGAAGCCUUUCUGAGAAGAUAGCUCUGCUUUACAGCGUAACUCCCCAGCAGAUCAGCCAUAUAUACAGACAAGGUCCCACAGGGAUACAUGUACUGGUCUCUGACGAGAUGGUGCAGAACUUCACUGAGGAAACAAGCUUUGUAAUCAGCACACUGAAAGAUGAAAAACAUGAUGGCUACCAUGUUGUGUUGAAGUGACUAGAGGACCAUUUUGGAGUGGAGUGGGAAAGUUUCAGCAUGGUCCCUUCCGUCUUGUUGAAGAGCACAGAAACUUUGUAAUGUUAGUGUAAAUGUAUGUUGUCAAAUAAUUCAGUCACAGUAAAUAUGCCCUUGAAAUAAAAAAGAUGCCCUUUUAGUUGA